AUGUCGGAUACAAAUAAAAGUGAAAACGAUGCUGCUGAGCUUCUUUCCUCGUUGUCUCUCAACAAGGAUGAUAAAGUCAAAACCGAUGAACAUAAGACGGCUGAAGAGCCUAAGAACUUGACUCAAACUCUUGUGGAUGAACCUAACCAAGAAGCAAAGUCUGAAGAGUCCAAAGAGGAUUCCAAAUCUGAAGAACCAAAGGAAGAGACAAAGGUCGACAGUAACUUGAUUCAAUCAACUUAUGAAGUGCAAGUCAAGUUGGCAGACUUACAAGCUGAUCCAAAUUCCCCGUUAUAUUCUGUUAAGUCUUUUGAUGAAUUGGGAUUGUCUGAAAACUUACUAAAAGGUUUAUAUGCCAUGAAGUUCACCAAACCCUCAAAAAUUCAGGAAAAGGCCUUGCCACUUUUACUCUCUGAGCCACCAACAAACAUGAUCGGACAGUCCCAAUCUGGUACUGGUAAAACAGCUGCUUUCUCCUUGACCAUGUUGAGCAGAGUCGAUGUAAACUUGAAGGCUCCACAAUGUGUUUGUUUGUCCCCAACCAGAGAAUUGGCCAGACAAACCUUGGAUGUUAUUGAGACGAUGGGUAAGUUUACCGGUAUAACCACCCAGUUAAUCGUUCCAGAAUCCACCAAACUUGGUGAAAGAAUCGAUGGACAAAUAUUAGUGGGUACUCCUGGUGUGAUGGUGAACUUACUCAAGAAAAGAGGUGUAUUGGACCUUAAGAAUGUCAAGGUUUUCGUGUUGGACGAAGCUGAUAAUAUGUUGGAUGGUCAAGGUUUGACUGACCAGAGUGUCAGAAUCAAAAAGAUGGUACCUAAAACUUGUCAGUUGGUACUUUUUAGUGCUACUUUCCCAGACCAAGUGAGACAAUUUGCCGAGAGGUUCGUUCCUAAUGCCAACACCUUAUCUUUGAAACAAGAAGAGUUGAAUGUUGAUGCCAUCAAACAAUUAUACAUGGACUGUAAAGACGACAACCAAAAGUUUGAGAUGUUACUCGAGUUAUACGGAUUAUUGACCAUCGCCUCGUCUAUCAUCUUUGUUGCUAGGAAAGCCACCGCAAAUCAAUUGUACAGUAAGAUGAAGAAAGAGGGACAUAAGAUCUCGGUGUUACAUUCGGAUUUGGAUAACAGUGAGAGAGACAGAUUAAUCGACGAUUUCAGAGAAGGCAGAUCCAAGGUGUUGAUCACCACCAAUGUCUUGGCCAGAGGUAUUGAUAUUGCUUCAGUUUCUAUGGUGGUUAACUACGAUUUGCCAACCGAUAAGGAUGGUAAACCAGACCCUUCCACAUACUUGCACAGAAUUGGAAGAACCGGUAGAUUUGGUAGAACCGGUGUGUCUAUAUCUUUUGUACACGACAAAAAGUCUUAUGAUACCUUGACCGCCAUCAAGAAUUACUUUGGUACUGGUAUCGAAUUGACUAGAGUACCAACAGACGAUUUAGACGCAUUGGAAGAAAUCGUCAAAAAGGCUUUGAAAAACUAG